GAGAUAGCGGCGGCGCACCUCCGAUGAGCACCCCGACUACGCUUGGGCUCAUUUCCCGUCGAAGCGUCGAGAGAAAGCUGCCGCUGUACAUGGUCGCCUAACUCCACGUCGGGCGCCGGGAGAAAGCGCGUUUGUUGAACGGCUCCAGCGGCGGCGCCUGGCUGAUUCAACCGUUAGGCUUAGCGAGUCUGGCUGGGCCCGGCGGCGGCGGCGGUCAAUAUGGAGGUGACGGUGAUCUGUGCGGGCGUCGGCUGGGUGCCGUCGAUGGUGGCGGUCAGCCUGAUCGGUGCCGCCUUGAUCGCGUACGUCUGGGCGGCGCUCACGGGAGCAGUGACCGUGUACGCGCCGUACAUCAGCGAAGCCGGUGCCUCACCGCCACAAAGCGGCGUGUUCAGCUUGCUCCUUUACUUCGGAUCUCUCUUGGCAUGUGCGACAAUGCUGGUCCGGUACGUGGUCGUCCGCAACCUGAACCGUUGCUGUCAGAGAAUGGUCGACGUUCUCAACGUGGCCUCGCUCACGGUGGGACUCGUAGCGGUCUUCGGGAACCUCAUCGUGUCGGCAUAUCCCGUCUUGACUAGCCGGGCGAUCCACAACGCUGGCGCGUACACCAUGUUUCUUGCGGCUGUGCUCUACAUGACGCUGGAAACCGGACUCACCUGCUGCCUCUGUCCAGAGUACUACGCCAAGAGAAUGGUGUGGCUGAGGUUCUCGCUCACCGCGAUGUCUGUCGUCGGCGUUAUAUUCACUGCAUGUUACCAGUACGUCGGGGACAAUCUAUGGUCUGAAGGACUUAGUGACAAGCCGAAACAUUUACGGGAGCCCGGAGACCCGGGCUUCCGGGAGUUGCUGAUCAGCGCUAUGGGGGAGUGGUUCUUGGUGACCGUGUUCCUCGCAUUCUUCCUGACGUUUGCCUACGAGUUCCGGCGCGUGAUUGUCACCGUGGAUCUGUUUCCCCUGGUGUGCCACAUGGACGAACACAUCGAGGGCUCGAGCAAAGAAAGAUGUUGACGAAUCUGGCGGCGCCGACUUGAAGCCGUGAAUCUCGUCGCCUGUAACUUAUAGCACCUUCAAACUCUCGUUGUAUAUGCUAUACGUCGGCGUGCGCUCGAAAUUUACGGCAUACGAACGGCGCGGUAGUUCGCCUCAACAGCGGCAAGUGGCUCUUAGAAGAAGAGGCGCUUAUCUCUUCACCGAGACGAAGGUUGCCCCACCCUGACUACCCUUUGACAUACGCAUACCAUUACUUCGUUCACGGUAGCGGUUGACAAUGGCAUCGGCGACGUCUACACAUGCGCUGAGAUAAUAAUAAACCAUUUUUAUCACUUUU